AUGGCUUCACCCGCCGCCGCCGCAGAAAUGCAAAACGGCAUAUCGACCCCGCCCGCGACCGCGACCGGCGCACCGAACCCUAGUCCCCCAACCGCAUCCUCCACAGUACCCAACACGCAGAAUUCACAGCAAGCCACCCAACUCAACGGCACUACAACCGCCUCAAUGAGCGCAUCAUUCCCCUCCACCUCACUACAAGACAGCGGAACGACGAAACGGCCCCGCGAUGCGCGCCUCAUCCACCUUAUUCUCGCGAACAUGGGCGUGCACGCCUACACAGAGCGUGUGCCGCUCCAGCUCCUCGACUUCGCAUACCGGUACACGUCCGGGAUAUUGUCUGAUGCGCUGGCGUACGAGCCACCGUCGCAUACGAGUUCGGGUUCGAAGAAGGCCAAUAAAGAGGACGACGGAGUGAGUUUAAAUGCGCUGCGGACGGCGGUCGGGGCGCGCGCUGCGCAGCAGUUUAAUCCUGCGCUGCCGAAAGAGUUCAUGGCCGAGGUCGCGGCGGAGAGGAACCGCAUUGCGCUGCCGCGGGUGGAGCGCGAGUACGGGAUGCGGCUGCCGCCUGAGCGGUACUGCUUUACGGGCGUGGGAUGGGAUGUUAAGGAGAGUUGGGAAGAGGAGGUCGAGGCCGAUGAGAGUAUGGAUAUGAGUGCGGGAGUGGGCAUGGGUGGGCCGGUUGGUGGUGGAGAUGCGGUGAUGGGCGGCAUGGAGGAUGAGGAGGUAGAUGCCGAGGAGUUUGAGGCAGCUAUGGGCGGUGGGGAUGCGAAUAUGACGAAUGGCUGA